CGGUUUUCCAAUUUUGGGUUCAAAGUUCCCUUUGUGGGAGACGCACGAUUUAACUUUUUUUUUUCGGCGUGUUUUUUACUGCCACUUGGCUCGACCUUCUUUUUCUUUUGCAAGUGUACUCACAUAUACCCUCGGCUUUGACCGGUUUUCUUGCGCAGUUUGGUAGUAGCAAUUCACAAUGGAUGCUCAACAAGACGAUUACGAUGACGACACUUGCGUCCAAACGAAAAGUUAUUUUGAACACGAAAAAGAAACACUCCAACUGGUCGAUGCUCUUGUGCACGAUCCCGAGUCGGGUGCAGCCGCAUUGAAGCGUUUAAAUGACAUUUUCGAUACGUACCAGGAACAAGCUCAUCUUCUCGAUCCUCAUCUCGACGCACUGAUUCAGCCUGUCAUUGCCAAACUCCGCCAAGAUAUCGAGCAGACCACCCCAGCUGGACCGGAAGCGACGCAUGCUCUCUUCCGUUACCUCUACCUGUUAAGCAAGACACGCGGCUACAAAACCAUAGUCAAAUUCAUGUCGCAUGAAGUGAGUGAUCUGGAACCGGUAUUUGAUUUCCUGAGUUCGCUGGACACUUCCAUUCCAGACUAUUGGGAGAGCCGGUACAUUGGUCUUAUUUGGCUGUCGCUGAUCUGCAUGAUUCCCUUUGAUCUGAAACGCGUCGACAGCAGUUCCGAGCAUGAAUCACAGAUUCCCUUGAUUGACAGAAUGCUCGCAUUAUGUAAACAUUAUCUAAAAUCAACAGGCAAGGAGCGGGAUGGUGCGAGUAUCCUUGUUGCGAGAUUGUUGAGUCGCCAAGAUCUUUGCGGCAAUUAUCUCGUGCCUUUUAUCGAGUGGUCGAUGAAACGAUUAAAUGAGGAUGCCGAUGUUUUCGAGGCGACGGGAAUUCUCACGAGUCUGUGUAUCACCUUUCAAAUUUCGCCUCGAUCCGCCUUGUUACCCACAUUGGACGAUUUCAUGAUUCCUUUAUUAUCCAUGCCGGCUUUGUGUGACCGAUUUGCCAAUAAUUCCCUGAUUCGAAAAAUUCGCAUGAAAUUGACCCAGCGUGUCGGUUUAUGCUACCUUAAACCGAAAGUGGCUUCGUGGCGAUACCAGCGAGGCAAUCGAUCCUUGCGUCAAAAUCUUGAAGGCACGGUACCUGUGAGCGAUAACACGAUGAAAGCUGGACUAGCGACAGAGAAGCAAGAGGAAAGCGACGACGAUGAGGACGACGACGACAUUCCAGAUAAUUUGGAAGUAAUUAUUGAGAUCUUGCUCGGUGGAUUGCGUGACAAGGAUACCAUUGUACGAUGGUCGGCGGCCAAAGGAAUAGGACGAAUUACACAGAGAUUACCGCGUGAUUUGGCGCAGGAUGUAGUGAGAUCGUUAUUGGAAUUGUUUGAGGAAAAUACAUUGGUGAAUCGAACCACGAACAAGUUGGAUCUUACGGCUGUAUCGGACAAUACCUGGCACGGCGCGUCGUUGGCAGUCGCUGAAUUGGCUCGACGAGGUUUACUGUUGCCGGAUCGUCUCAAGGAGACCAUUCCAUGGAUUAUUCAUGGACUCAAGUUCGAUCUGAAACGUGGAUCACAUUCCAUCGGAUCGCAUGUGAGGGAUGCGGCUUGUUACGUUUGUUGGUCCUUUGCUCGUGCCUAUGCGCCUCACAUUCUCGUCCCUUUCGUCCAAGAAAUCGCUCAAAACUUGGUCGUAGUGUCAGUAUUUGACAGAGAGAUCAACGUCCGCAGAGCAAGCAGUGCCGCGUUUCAAGAAAACGUUGGGCGACAGGGUAUCUUUCCACGCGGUAUUGAGAUCAUUCAAAUCGCAGAUUACUUCUCUGUGGGCAACCGAACCAAUGCUUUUAUGCAUGUGGCGGUAGAGAUAGCCAAGUUUGAAGAGUAUCGUUAUCCACUCAUUGAUCAUUUGGUCACUGUUACGGCGCGACAUUGGGAUAAGACCAUGCGUAUCCUUGCGUCGCAAGCCAUCCAUUUAUUGGUUCCAUUGGCACCCAUGUAUUUUAUCGACAAUAUUCUCCCUAUAUUGAUACCCAUGGCCGUUUCCAAAGAUAUGCAAAUAUCCCACGGAGCCAUGCUCUCCGUCGCCGAAAUAUGCUUGUCACUGUAUUCGUGCCGUCAGCAGGACACGGUCCUUGAUCACCAUUGGCAGAGCCAGCAAAGUCUCAUCCAGUCCAUUGCAUGCAUUACGGCCCUACUUCCGCCUCGUUCACUGACCACGUUUGGCUCAGAGCAUGUGCGUGAAGCGGCAUGCCACUUGGUAGAAUGUUUAGCACGGACCUACUUCCCUGUAUUGGAUGUGGAGGGGUCAACGACAUUGAUGGCAUGGAAAACUCUGGUUCAUACGUCCUUGGAGCGUAAAGAAGAGAAUGUGCAGCAGCAUGCCGUCUACGCAUUUGGUGCUCUUUAUGCGACGUAUCCUCUGUCCAAAGAAGAACUGGAUGACUGUAUCAACAAGAUCGCGUCCACGCGCUUUCUUUACGGAAGACGAGGGUAUGCUUUAGCUCUGGGAACCCUCUCUUUCCAUGCUGUAGAACGGCACGCUUGGCUUCACAACGUGAUUAUGGCACUUUGUUGCGCUACACGCAUGCAUGAAGAGCAGCAAGCCAACGACGCUGAAUCCAAGCGCAAUGCUGUGAUUGGUCUAUCGCAUCUCCUGGAAAAACUGGAAAACAAUGAUCUUUUACUGAUUUCCGAAUGUGAUCACGAGCACAUAUUGCAGACGUUGCAGACGUGUUUGCUGGAUUACAGCACCGAUCAACGCGGUGAUGUGGGGUCUUGGGUGCGUAUGGCGAGCAUGGAUUGUUUGGCGUCCCUCAUUCCGCGCCUAGUUCAGUUACAGUGUGCAGGCGCCUUGACCUGCGUGUCGUCGGCCAAGAAGGCAGAAAUCAUGGCCGGUUUGCUAAAACAGGGCGUGGAACGCAUUGAUCGAGUAAGAGCCAAUGCCGGCACGGUAAUCCGUGAUUUUAUCUAUGCGAAACAAGGAAUUCCUCUGGACAUACCGGGACAAUCUAUGUUGGAAAAAUACAUUGCAAAAGAUCUCGAUUGGUCUUCGCCGGCCAUGUUGUAUCCUGUCAUGGUGAAUUUAUUGGCGUUGCCUGAAUAUCGAUUUGAUCUGUUGACGGGUCUGAUUGCUAGUGCAGGCGGCAUGACAGAAUCAUUGGUUCGUCAUUCGAGCGCUUGUCUCAUCGAUUACGCAGAUCGGCUGCCGGUGACGGCAGACGAAACAGAUCUUUGCUUGGAGCUUGUCGCCACCGAUAUCCUUCAAAUCUUUGCCAACUACGAAAAACAAGACCGAGUCACUAUUCCUCUACUGGAUGUCGUCGGAUUAUUAUACGAAUCAGCUGUGUUCACAAAAAUUAGCAAAGAAUCCAUCCAUAGCAAAAUUCUACAAAGUACUCGCAAAGAAGCUCUGCGGUGUAAAUCCAUUCGCAAAUUGCUGGCAGUUAUCAAAAUAUAUGUGGGGUUGAUGAAUAUGAAUGGCACCCAAGUCAAAAUCCGUGCCAUGCAACAAAUGCUAUCGUAUUUGGUUCAUGCUUUUCCUCGAAUUCGCAUGGAAGCGUCAGACCAGUUAUAUACCUAUUUAUCUUUACUGGAUGCCGAAGACAUGACGGAUGGGACUAUGGCAGCGGAAGAGGUGCUCACCACGACGGACUGGGCGGAUUCGGUGGAUCAAAUCAAACCUGUGCGAGACACUUUAUAUGAAUAUUUUGCUAUUCCAAAGCCUGUGCUGAAAUCAACGAAAUAGACACAUUUUUACAUUUUUUGGAGAUUCG